GAUGCAACAUUUUGACAUCUAGCCACCUGCCAAAAUUGUCUUCGUGAGAUUAUAACCCAAUUCUUUCGUAUCUUGUGCACAUUUAGUGAUCAAUUACAAAUCAUGGAUGACGAUAUGGUAUUCGAUCCUUCUCUAAAGAAGAAGAAGAAGAAAAAGACUGGUUUCGAUUUAGAAGCCGCGCUGGCAGAACAGGGCGAAAGCACGAGUGCCGAGGCGCCUGCCGAAACGGGUGACGUAGACUUGCCCGAGGAUGAAAAUCUUGAUUUGGAUAACUUCGGAAAGAAGAAGAAAAAGAAAAAGAAGACGUUCUUUAACUUAGAUGAGAUGGAGAACGCGCUGCCGGACACGCGGGAGGAGAGGCCGCCCGCCGAGGAGCCCGAGCAGCAGGAGGACGAGGUUAUCGACGACCUCGACCUCGACAUAGACUUCUCAAAGACUAAAAAGAAGAAGAAGAAGAAAAACAUCGACGAGCUGGCUCUCGACGACGACAAGGCUGAAGACCAAGAGAACCAAGAGGACACGCACGGCGACUGGCAGGAGAGCGAGCGCGACUACACGUACGACGAACUCCUGGACAGGGUUUUCGACAUCAUGCGCGAGAAGAACCCCAACAUGGUCUCAGGGAAGAAGCAGAAAUUCAUCAUGAGGCCGCCCCAGGUUGUCAGAAUUGGCACCAAGAAAACAUCAUUUGCGAACUUUACAGAAAUCUGCAAAACUCUACAUAGGCAGCCCAAACAUUUAUUAGAUUUCCUGCUAGCUGAGUUGGGUACAAGUGGGUCAGUGGACGGUAACAGCCAGCUUAUUAUCAAGGGCAGGUUCCAGCAGAAACAGAUAGAGAAUGUGCUCCGUCGAUAUAUUAAGGAAUACGUAACAUGUCACACCUGUCGUUCCCCUGACACCAUUUUACAAAAAGACACGAGAUUGUUCUUCCUUCAGUGUGAGACGUGCGGAUCUCGCUGCUCCGUGGCUAGCAUCAAAUCAGGUUUCCAGGCUGUCACUGGUAAACGUGCUGCAAUCCGUGCAAAGACUGCAUAGAGUAUUAGUGCUUAGUGAUAAACAAUUUUACAGUCAAGGACCUGGGGUAUGUCCAGUAAUAUUCCUUGCCCUUGUCUAUACGAUCUUGUCAGUGUCUGAUGUUAAUUGUGUAUGUAAAUCUAAUGUAAUGAUUGUGCAAUUUUGUAUGUAGUUUCUUUAAAAUAAGUAUGGUUACCUUGUUAGUCAUACAAAUAAAAACUAUACUCAUUACAUCAGACAAACAAGAUGUACUUUAACUUUCCAAGAACAUCUUGACAUUGUAAUGAUAUUGUAAACAAGGAAACUAAUUUGAAAUAAUAAUGUGUAAAGAUAUAGGAUAAGGAUUUAUCUGAAUAUACCCCAAAGCAACCCUAUAUUUAUGUAUAGCCCACUUCUGUAUUAUUCUCAUUGGUACACAAUGUUUUUAUA